AUGGCAGAAGAAACGGCUCAAAGUGCUGAAGAAACUGACGCUUAUCGGCCUUUUCUUCAACUUCCACAACUCCCAAAUCCCGAAAACGUUCCCACUGUCUUCCUCUGCCUCCGUGAAGAGAAUCUCAGCUACUCGCCAUACAUGCUGAACCACAAAAUCCUCUCCAUUCACUUCUCCACCAUCCAAUUUGGACAUCAUCCCUUAUUUUCUGAGGAACACGUUCUCGCCCAGAGAGUGGAAAAUCUCUUCAAAACCUACACUGAUCUGCAAAAGUGUGAUUUGGCAGGACAAUUGCGUCAAAAACUAAUCACUAAGCGAAGGAUGUGCAAAGGAUUGGCACAGAAAGAGUCGAAAAGUGAUGAAGAUGCUUUGAAAUUGAACAAACAUCGGACAGAAUUGAGGAUCACAAGGAAGAAGCUUCACGAGGAGGAGCAAAGGAUCAGGGAGAAUAUUAAGGAUCUCCUCGGUGAAUACAAGAAGUUGAAAUCCUUGCGGGAGAAGCAAAAAUUUAAUCUCACAACGAUAAAACUCACAAUUACCGCAACAGAGAUGAGCAAAGAGGAAGAUGAAGAAGCUUUUAAGAGGGAUUUCAAUGAGGAACUGGACGAAAUGCUCGAUGAAGCUUAUCAGGAGUAUCUCGAGGAGAAGAAGAAGUACACGGAACUCGUGAAGAACAUCAAAGAGGGCGACAAAGAUCCCGAUCCAAUCGAGAGACCAAAUGUUGAGACUAUUAAAAACACUCUGCAAGAACUGUAUUCGAAGACAAUGAGAGGAAUUGGUGAACCAGUUGUGCACAUAAUCACUGCCAGGAUUGAAAGGACAGAAGUGAAAAAUUCCCCAAGAGAAGUGAAUCGCAUUAGGAAGCUGAAAAACACAAAAUUCAUGUUGAAAAUCUCCCUCAAUGACGACGUUGUGGACAUUGUGAAAGAUCUCACGGCUGAUGAUCAGUUUGAGAUCAGAAUCAACACUACAAUCUCCGUAAGAUUGAUCAGAAAACUCCCGGAAAGGAUCAAAUUGCAGCUGUAUGAGAUGCAAUGCAUGAUUCCACGGUUGAAAAUAGCCUCAAUCACUCUUCCAGUGCCCGAAGAUCGCGAUCACUUUGAGCAUUGCGAGACGAGGAGUUUUGACUUCACGAAUAAUCGCGAUAUUCUGAGCGAUGUUGGAAUAGGAACAGGAAAAUUCUGUCGUAUUGAGGGAUCUCAGGAUCUGUAUAUUCAUGGCAAAAUAUCCUUGACGAUCGGCUGGUCUCACAAAGAGUCAAAUUCUGAGUUCAGAGACACUCAAGCGGCAGCUGUAAUUGAUUCUCGGACAUUGAGAGAUCAUUUGCAGUGGGAUCCUUUGGAUCCUGAGAAUGAUUUCACGUCAAUACACCAAAUUCACGAGCACCAGUUAAUGUCUGACGAUAACAUUCCCAUGACAGAGAUUCAAGAUGAUGAGAAACUUGCUUUUUGCCCACCUGAAGUUGUUGAGCAAAAUACAAGAUUGAAUUUGCUGAUCGAAAGGGCCAAAUUGACGGCUCAGUUCAAGGAUAUGAGACUGAUUCCGCAGGAGGACAGGGAGAUAUACCUGAGAAAGGAUAGCAGGAUAAUUGAUGAAACCAUUGGAAUGGAUCCAAUUGAUCUCUCACGCCAUCAAGGCAAGAAGAAUCUGCUGAAACUCCUCGCCAACAUUUCGCAGAUCAAUGAAAUUGCCAAUAGAGAGAAUGAGGAUUUCAGGCUACUCUUCCGCGAGGACACGCCCACUCUUAGCAGCUUGGGACAAAAUAUUCUGGGAAUCUUAGGUGCCAAGAGGCCCCUCAAGCCCACGAAGAGUCAGUCAAUGAAGCCCUCUUGUCGCAUCGAUGAUUGCCAUAAGUUCACCAUCACUGUUAAUGUUGGGCGUGCCUUUGGAAUUCCCUCGCGAAGUGACGAUCAACCACAAUCAGUGCGAAGGAGCAGCAAUUUGUCAUCAGCACAGCAAUCUUUCAGGACUAUUAACGUCAGGCCGUACGUCGUGAUUCUGUUCAAGGAUAAAACAGCCAGAACUUCAACAGCUGAAGGAUCGAAUCCAACGUGGAAUGAACAGCUCCAAAUCCCAAUAAAUUUCCAAAUGGAUCAACUCAAGGGAUCGUUGUGCAUUCAGCUUUUCGACGAAUAUGUGGAUGAUUUGCUGGAAGAUGAUCGACUUGGAAUGUCGGAAAUAUAUCAGAGGAUUUCAAGGAAGUGGAUUGGAGAACUGAGAAUUCCCAUCACGAAUAUAUACAGUAAUCAAAAGAUUGACGGAACUUUUGAGUUAAACUCACCGAAAAUCCUUCUGGGAUACUCCAAAUCAUCCCUCAAUCCUGGAACAUCGUCAGUGUUUGCUGAGAACCUGCCAGACACCCGAGGACCCAUCUACUUAUCGCUCUUCAUAGGACUCGAGCCCAGCUUUGACUCUCCCUAUUUCACAACGAAGCAUCUCGAGUGCAUGGAAUCGGAUCAAAUCAAGACAACCAUUCAGCUGUGGUCCAUGGAGUUCAGCAAUGAGUUCCCUCAUCGCUUCUGCGAUCCUCUGGUCAGUCUCUCGACUGGAAAGAGAGUCACUGUGACGAAAUUGCUGGGAUCUCUGGAAGUUCCUUUCGACGUGCGCGAUUCUUCCAGUGAACAUCUCAUUCGACGCUUCGUGUCGCUCAUCCCAGUUCUCCACACGGCAGAUCCUUGUGGCCAAUUGACUGGCGUGUGGCUCACGAACAGUGAGAUCCUGACCAACAUGUGCGCCACACCCAAAGAUCUCGCGGUUCUCCUGACUUGCUUCUACAUUUACCUCGACUUCAGCGCUUGGCUGGUGUUCGGUGAGGAUCGCGUCGCUGGACCAACUUGCUACGUCCUGACGAAGGAGAGUGGCGGUUUCUACCUCGUAGAUGCCGUGACAGGACGAAAGUACAGCAGCAGCGAUACUUACUGUCCCCUCGUGAAGGUGUCUCUCCUGGCGAAUCAUCACAAUGUGUGGGGAAAUGUGCAGAGCGAGAAGAGAGUUUAUCUCACACAAUUCGAUGUGAGGAAAUCCAUCGAUUGGAGGCCACUGUUCCGGAAGAAUGUCGACAUUCCGGGAGAUUUCCUCCAAGACACAACAAUCGACUACAAGAGAACAUUUCCCGUGAGUGAUUUGCAGAAGGUGAUCGAGAUGAAGCUCAUGAAGAAGAUCAGUCAGUGGCGUGGUCAUCGGAAGACGAUCUGGAAUCGCUUCUUGCGUGAUGAAUUGAGAAGCAUUCUAGUUGAUCUCGAGUCUGCAGUGACAAGAGAAUCCAGCGUUGAGGAGCAAAUGGAGAAAAUCAAUGUCUUCCUCACGACCUUCAAGGCUUCGGGAUUCCCACUCAAUCUUCCCUACUACAGUCUCUCGCACAUCGUGGAGCGCGUCAAGAGCACCGGGAUUCACAUGAAUCUGGACAAUCGGGUGGAAUUUGCCCUCGCCGUUCACAUUCAUCCAUAUGAAAAUAAUGUGCUCUCCGUCUGGAUAUUCCUGCUCUCGCUCCUGCCCAAGAUUUAG